CAUUGUUCAGUAAAGGUUACUGCUAUGAUGGUAUAGGAAUGUGCGUUGGAGAUACAAUAUUGCGCUAUGUUUUGUUUUGAAUUUUGUGUUUGUGUGCGGAAAAAAUGCGUGUCAAGGAAUCAUUUUUACUUGUUCCUCUGCACUGUUUACUGAAGGUCUGCGAUUUUGUGCAAUAGCAGUCAUGUUUAAUUUCACGAAAGAGAAGUGGCCCUCCAUAAGUGGAGUACAAGAUGCGAAGAGUUCCCUGUUUCUGAAAGCAGACAUGAAAUCUUCAGCUGAUGAAACACUUCAGAACUUAGCAGAUUCAUAUGGCAUCAAAGAGGAGUUUGGUUGUUUGUCAACUAGCGGCCUUACGAGGCUUCAGUCCACUGAUGCUCCAAAGAAAGAAAAGGAAGCAGUACAACCGCAGCAGCAGGAUCAGUUGCAGCCAUUAUGCCAUAAGCAAAACCAAACUGAUAAUGAGCAGAAGGAAAGCAGCUUUGCUCAUUCUAGAGAAAGCAGGUCAGUGUCUAACUCAGGAAGAGAAGGUAGCAGUGACCGAACACAGAAGUUUCCAUACAAUGCUCAAGACAUGAGAAGUAUAAUGAGUGAACCAUAUACAUAUUUCUACUCUGGAACACCAACUAUGGUUCCGCCAUACAUGCAAUAUAAGGAGGAAUAUGAUAGGAUAAUAGAGAGGACGUUAUCUAGUGGAAUUUUUUCUCAGUCUCACAGUGCAGUGAGUAAGGAACCUUUCAAUAAUCCAAGUGUAGUGAAUAAAGUGACACCUGCAAAACUGAGUUCAGAUGCUCGUGCAUUGGCAGCCAAAAGGAUUCACCCUUGCAAUGUGUGUGGGAAGUCCUUCACAAAAGUGUACAGCUUGACUACCCAUCAGAGAAUCCACACUGGUGAGAGGCCAUACUCUUGUCCAGAGUGUGGCAAGGCCUUCACAGAAGGUAGCAAACUGACUAAACACAGGCGCAUCCAUUCUGGAGACUGGCCUUAUACUUGCCCACAGUGUGGCAAAGGAUUCUCAGAUUCCUACAACCUCGCUCGUCACCAUCGCAGUCACACAGGAGAGCGGCCUUACAGCUGCCCGCAGUGCGGCAAGGGCUUCUCCGACUCGUGCAACCUCGUCCGGCACCAUCGCGGUCAUACGGGCGAGCGCCCUUUCAGGUGUGAAGAGUGUGGUAAGGCUUUCUCCCGAACUUCGCAGUUGACAGAGCACCGCCGCAUCCAUACUGGUGAGAGGCCCUACCAGUGUCAGCAAUGUGGAAAGUGCUUCUCACAGUCAGGAAAACUUACUAAGCAUAAGCGGGCUCACAGCAGUGGAGUAGGAAGUGGAGGCAGUGGUGACAGACCUUCAAGCGCUAUCAGUUGUGAGCCUGUGAAUGCGCUAAGCAAGCCAAAACUGAGCACUUCACAACACCCAGUCCCACCCAUCACUGGCGAGAGGCCUUUUCCUUGUCACCAAUGUGGGCUGACAUUUGCGCGUCCUGACUUUCUAAGGCAUGUUACGUCCUAUCAUUUGGGUCUUCAGCAGACAUAACACAAAUGACAUGUAAUAACAGAGGAUUAUGCUAACAAGAAUUUUAAGUAUGAACCAAAGAACUUUGUGCAGUAACGACCUUUAUGAAUGCAAAUGGAUGACACUCAAAACAACAUAGUGAACCAAUUCACAAAGAUUCAAGUGCACUUUAAGUUCUUGCCAUUGUCUCAUUGUAUAACUGUUAUCAUAACACAGUGUGCUUAAUUUGGCAUUUAGCAAAUAAUUAUGUGUGUAACUACUAAAGAAGAAAUGUUUAUUGUCUGUGUGUACCAUUGUGUAGCAACUCCACUGCAUAACAAGUAAUUAUCUUCACUCAAGAUUUCUGAGGUUUCAUAUGUAAAUAACCCCCUUUCACCCCAGUACACUUUGAAUUGUUGUGCUCUUUACGUUUACAGUAUUAGGUGUUGAAACUUUGUGAAAUAUUUAAGAAAUGUGAUGUUAGAGAAGUAAUGUGAUCUGAUUCAUAAUGGAUUAGAAAAAAAGAUCUUAGUUUAUGAUAUUGUGUCUACGAAUUCAUAGACUUUUUCCCAUCAUUUUACAAUAUAUAUUGACACAAGAUUAGCAGAGUGCCUUCACUUUUGGAAUCUCUGCAGUAGUUACCAUGUUGCUUGGUAGAUAAUUAUUUAUAACAACUUGUUAUUAUGGAAUGGACAUUUUUUGUGUGUUCCAUCUUUGCAGGCACCUUUUGUUUAAUUUUGUGUUACCGCCAUUUGUAGUGUCAGUCUACAUUAUACCAUUUUAAACUUGCUAUUUAUUUGUUUAUAUUUUAACACAAAAAGUAGAGACCUAUCUACAGCCAAACUGCAAACCAAAUAAUAUGUAGAGCUGCAUUUGUGUCAGUUACUUCACUCCAUACUUCAAAACAGGAUAGCUGCAGCCAAAAUGACUUAUUACACUUGAAUCUUGUGAAAUUGGUCAUGUCAUGGAUUUGCCUACAGUGUUUGGAGUGUAAGUUUGUAUGGAAUUGUGUGAAAUUUGUAAUUUUUAUAAGCCUCACAUUAAAAUAAUACUGUUGCAUGUCUAAUGCAGUUUUGUUACUUUUGUAUUUUAUAUCAAAUGGUGGGAAAAAUGGACAAAUCCACCACAAAUCUUGUGUUAUUGUUUUUUAUUACUGUUUUCUCAUUACUUACAUGAAGUGUGGUCAUUCAGGAAUUAAUUGAAUGAUUUGUUCCUUGAGGUGUUAAAUGUUGUGAAAUUUGUAAUUUUUUAUGUGUGUAGUUCAGUUUGUAAGUAAA